CCCUCAAAUAAACGACGUCGUUUCAAAACAAAGCAAACUGAAUAGUUCCCCCGGAAACUCUCCCAUCCAGUCGAGUCGCGUUGCUUCCUUGCAAGCAAACCCCAUCUUAAGCCUCUGAAUCCCACUCACUUAUAAAUUUCAUUUAUUUGUAAAACUCAGUGGAUUUUCCAGAUGGGUAUGUCCUCGUUUUCUCAUUAAACUCUUACAAUUCUUGUCUUUACCCACUUUUAAUAUCUGUGCUUAGCUGAAGAUACAAACUUUUGAGUUCUGUUUGAAGUCUUUGUUAUUGUUUCAGUUCAUAGUUUUGUUAUUUAUUUAGUAGGUAAACUAGAAAUUUACAAUAAUGGAGGGAUUGUUAAACACAUUCACUCCCCAAAGUUGCAUAAAACCCUUAGUUUUUAAUCCAAGAAUGGUUCAUAAUUUUCCUAUAAUAAAACUGAGAAACGGGGAUUUUCCCCGAAAAUUAGAGACGGGUUGUUGGAGAAUGAAGUGUUUGAAUUUGAAGAGAGAUGGUACAGUUAGGGGGAGGAGAGUUAAGGGUGAUGUUGAGAAGGAAGAGGAUGAUAGCGAAGAGAGUAUGGAUUGGGAGAUGGAGUUUCUUGGGGAGCUUGAUCCCUUUGGUUAUCAAGCUCCGAAGAAGAGAAAGAAGCAAGUGAAGGAUAAGAUUAUGGACGAUGGUGAAGGGAUGGAUUGGUGUGUUAGGGCAAGGAAAAUUGCUCUUAAAUCUAUUGAGGCAAGGGGGCUGAGUCAUACAAUGGAAGAUUUGGUUAGUGUAAAGAAAAGUAAGAAAAAGUAUAAGAAAAUUGGUAAGAAAAAGAAGGCAAUUGAAGAAGAUUUGGAUUUUGAUUCGGAGGAUGAUAUGGAAAUAGAUGAUAUUAUGAUGAAUCCUGGUGGUGGUGAUGAUAGUACAAAUAACCUUAGGAGGACUGUGAGUAUGAUGGCUGGUGGGAUGUUUGAAGAAAAGAAGGAGAAGACAAUGAAGGAAUUUGUCCAGAGGCUUUCACAAUUCUCAGGGCCAUCUGAUCGUAGGAAGGAAAUUAACUUGAACAAAGAUAUUGUAGAAGCACAGACUGCAGGAGAAGUGUUGGAGGUUACUGCUGAGAUGAUUGUCGCAGUUGCAAAAGGUUUGAGCCCUUCGCCUUUGUCACCUUUGAACAUUGCAACAGCACUGCAUCGAAUUGCCAAGAACAUGGAAAAAGUCUCGAUGUUGAGAACUCAUAGGUUGACAUUUGCCAGACAAAGAGAGAUGUCAAUGCUUGUUGCUAUUGCAAUGACGGCCUUACCUGAAUGCUCGUCUCAAGGUAUAUCAAAUAUUGCAUGGGCAUUGUCGAAGAUUGGUGGUGAGCUGCUUUAUUUGUCAGAAAUGGAUCGAGUUGCAGAGGUAGCCUUGACCAAGGUUGGGGAGUUCAAUUCACAGAAUGUUGCUAACAUUGCUGGUGCUUUUGCUUCAAUGCGGCACUCUGCUCCUGCUCUCUUUUCAGAAUUAGCAAAAAGAGCAUCAAACAUAAUUCACACUUUUGAAGAGAAGGAGAUUGCUCAGGUAUUGUGGGCUUUUGCUUCAUUAUAUGAGCCAGCUGACCCUAUACUUGAAUCUUUAGAUAAUGUUUUCAAUGACAAAAACCAAUUCAAAUGUUGUUUAAGUGAAGAAUCAUCAAAACAUAGUGGAGAUCUCAACUCUGAAGGAGUUUCAGCCUCUGCAGUGCUCAGCUUUAACAGGGAUCAACUUGGGAAUAUAGCUUGGUCAUAUGCUGUUCUGGGACAAUUGGACCGAAUUUUCUUUUCCCAUGCAUGGAAAACUAUGAGCAAAUUUGAGCAGCAAAGGGUUUCAGAGCAGUAUAGGGAGGAUAUCAUGUUUGCAACGCAGGUUCAUCUUGUGAACCGGUGCUUAAAACUUGAGUAUCCACACCUUCAGCUAGUUCUCAAUGGUGAUCUUGAGGCAAAAGUUUCUCGUGCUGGGAGAACUAAGAGGUUUAAUCAGAAAGUGACUUCUUCAUUCCAGAAGGAAGUUGCUCGUCUCCUUGUUAGCACUGGCCUUGACUGGGUUAAAGAAUAUGUUGUGGAUGGAUAUACUUUGGAUGCCGUUUUAGUUGAUAAGAAGGUUGCUUUUGAGAUUGAUGGGCCAACUCAUUUCUCAAGGAACAUAGGGUUACCUUUAGGGCAUACCAUGCUGAAGCGCCGGUACAUUUCUGCUUCUGGUUGGAAGUUGGUGUCAUUAUCUCAUCAAGAGUGGGAGGAGCUUCAAGGGAGUAUUGAGCAGCUUGAGUACCUAAGAGGAAUUCUCAGAGAUCAUCUUGGUGAAGGCAACAGCAGCAGUGCAUAAACAGCUGGAAGUUUUGGGUAAAUUAUCAUGUAUCAUCAAUUAUUGUCAAAACACUCUCCUAUUCAUAUUAUUAAUCAAUUAUGCGAAUCUUCUUAUUCUA